AUGGCCACCUCGAUAACCCAGCCGGAGCAACUUUCCCCAGCAAUCACCGCCGGGGGAGAGACGCCAGACCGCGUAGAUAGAGUCCAGCCGGAUCGCAACAUCGAUAAGGUCGUGUUGGGGAACAUCUGCUUCCGCACGUGGUAUCCGUCAUAUUAUGGGAAAGAGGUUCUGGGCGACACCUCUGCAAACGGCACAAAGGGGGGGAAGGAUGCUGGUCACCUCACAACAAACGGGAUAGAUGCUGGAACUAGCGACGAUGCGAGCGGCGGGGCCAAGGGACAUGGACGGCGCGACCGCGACAACUCACUAAUACUCAACCGGCUUUGCGUCUGUCCGCAUUGCUUCAAGUACUCCAAGGAACUGGUCACCUGGUGGGAGCACGUUCGCGUAUGCGAGAGGCGGAACUUUGUGCCUGGGAAGAAGAUAUACGUUCAUCCAAAGGGUCACCACACCGUCCUCGUGCCGUCAGGCCCGGGCCCGCUCCCGGGCCCCAAGCCAGCAAAGGGAAAGCGUGGCAGCGCAGGACAGAAAUUGGUCGAGGAGGUGGUUCAGGAUGAGGGGGAGUGGAGCAUCUGGGAGGUAGAUGGCGAGAACAAUGUACUCUUCUGCCAGAAUCUCUCCCUGUUUGCGAAGCUCUUCCUCGACAAUAAGUCGGUGUUUUUCGACGUGACCGGCUUCAACUACUUUCUCCUUGUUCAUACCCCGCCUGCCCGCCCUCUAGACUUGGCUGCCGGCGUUGCUGGAGCUGCGGAGCCGCGAAGCCACAUUGUAGGGUUCUUUUCCAAGGAGAAGAUGUCCUGGGACAACAACAAUCUUGCGUGUAUCUUGAUCUUCCCUCCAUGGCAGCGUAAAGGGCUUGGAGCUCUCCUCAUGGGUGUCUCGUACGAGAUUUCACGACGAGAAGGCAUCUUGGGGGGGCCUGAAAAGCCCAUCUCUGACCUGGGCAAGAAGGGAUAUAGGCGCUUUUGGGCCGGCGAAAUAGCGCGCUGGAUCCUUGAACUGGAUCUUGGAGAUUCGACAGGAGAGACGGUGGUGGGAAUCGAAGAGUGUAGCAAGGCAACGUGGAUUGCGCCGGAGGAUUGCUUACUUGUUUUGAGGGAAAUGGGCGUUGUGGAAGAUGCAGGGAAAGGCCCGCCCCCGGUGGAGGAGCCGAAGACGGAUGAGAAUGGCGGCGCAGAACCAGUGGAGGUGCAGAGGGUCCGGAUUUCCCAACAAGCCGUGCGGUCAUGGGUAGCGGCAAACGGCAUCAGUCUGGAGAAGACGUGUGACGCCAAGGGAUUUGUUGAGGGCUAUGCCGUGAAGCGACUGGCGGCCCUGUCGGGAGAGGACGCAGCCUAA